AGUGGGGGAUGGGCGAGGACACUGUUGUUAUGACUGGUGCUUGGCUGCGGGACAAACUUCCAGAGGCCUCGGCAUUUUUUUUUUCUCACCCCCCCCAACUCCGUCUCAUUGGUCGCUCGCAACGAGGAAAUGUGGCUCCAUUUUGCCGUGAACCUGUCAGACGGACCGGGAGCUAACAAUUAAUCAGCGCUUGAGGACGGCUUUCAGCUAUAGCCAGCCACGGCGUUGCUGGUGCUGGUGCUUUUGGAGAAUAGGGGCUGAGAGUUCUUGCGGACUACAAGGCAGCUAUGAUGCGCAUCUGAAGACAUCUUGAUCUCAUGGGCUCCUAUCCUGUGCUGACCCAAUGGUUUAAUCACCUGGACUAAAAAUGAGCAUAAGCAGUGAUGAGGUCAAUUUUCUGGUUUACAGAUACCUGCAAGAGUCAGGAUUCUCCCACUCAGCAUUCACCUUUGGCAUAGAGAGCCACAUCAGCCAGUCCAACAUCAAUGGAGCCCUGGUGCCCCCUGCUGCCCUCAUCUCCAUCAUCCAGAAGGGCCUGCAGUAUGUGGAGGCCGAAGUCAGCAUCAAUGAGGAUGGGACCUUAUUUGACGGACGGCCCAUCGAGUCGCUGUCUCUGAUCGAUGCUGUAAUGCCAGAUGUAGUCCAGACCAGGCAGCAGGCCUACAGGGACAAGCUGGCCCAGCAGCAGCAGCAGGCGGCUGGCAGUUGCAGCAGCACGGGGCCCCAGGGAGGCACCAAGAACGGAGAGGGCGCCGCCAACGGGGAGGAAAAUGGAUCCCACGCCUUAGCCAAUCACCAUUCAGAGAUGAUGGAGGUGGACCGGGACGUGGAGAUCCCCCAGAGUAAAGCCAUGGUCCUGAGGGGCCACGAAUCAGAAGUUUUUAUCUGUGCCUGGAACCCUGUGAACGACCUCCUCGCCUCCGGGUCCGGGGAUUCAACAGCGCGGAUCUGGAACCUGAGUGAGAACAGCACAGGCGGAUCCACCCAGCUGGUUCUGAGGCACUGCAUACGGGAAGGGGGCCAGGACGUACCCAGCAACAAAGACGUCACCUCACUAGACUGGAAUAGUGAGGGAACGUUGCUAGCAACAGGCUCAUAUGAUGGCUUUGCCAGAAUAUGGACCAAAGACGGUAACCUGGCUAGUACUUUGGGUCAGCAUAAAGGUCCUAUAUUUGCACUCAAGUGGAAUAAGAAAGGCAACUUCAUCCUCAGUGCUGGUGUAGACAAGACCACAAUUAUUUGGGACGCCCACACAGGAGAGGCGAAGCAGCAAUUUCCUUUCCACUCAGCACCUGCUCUGGAUGUCGACUGGCAGAGCAACAACACGUUCGCCUCCUGCAGCACAGACAUGUGCAUCCAUGUGUGUAAGCUGGGUCAGGACAGACCUGUCAAGACCUUCCAGGGACACACGAAUGAGGUGAACGCCAUCAAAUGGGAUCCCACUGGCAGCUUGCUGGCCUCCUGCUCAGACGACAUGACACUGAAGAUCUGGAGUAUGAAGCAGGACUCCUGUGUCCACGACCUCCAGGCCCACAGUAAAGAAAUCUACACCAUCAAGUGGAGCCCCACAGGCCCCGGGACCAACAACCCUAGCGCCAACCUCAUGUUAGCCAGCGCAUCAUUCGACUCCACAGUGCGUCUGUGGGACGUGGAGCGCGGGGUGUGUAUCCACACCCUCACGCGCCACCAGGAGCCCGUCUACAGCGUGGCCUUCAGCCCUGACGGCAGGCACCUCGCCAGCGGCUCCUUCGACAAGUGUGUCCACAUCUGGAACACUCAGACGGGGGCUUUAGUCCACAGCUACCGGGGGACAGGUGGGAUCUUCGAGGUGUGCUGGAACGCCACAGGAGACAAAGUAGGAGCCAGCGCGUCAGAUGGAUCGGUUUGUGUAUUAGACCUGAGGAAAUGACACCCGUCUGGGGGAGCCAUGGACCGACUACGAAUGUGUACAUAGCCAAAAUGACUGUCUGUCCCUGCCUGUCCACCACACUGCUGUAGUCCCGUCAGAUGCCAUGGCCCGCCAUUACAGCCAGAUGGAGCGCUCCCCCUCCCCUCCUCCCUCCCCCUCCAUAUGUAUACACGAGGACCAUGCCAUUGCCACAUACAGCUGUUAUCCACAGGCGUCAGACAGACCUGCAGGAAGAAACAUUUCUGUCAUCACACAGUGCAAACCUGUCGGAACGGUCACAUCCAAACCAAAACACCAGGAUUUAUCUCGCUUUCCUGUUUUUAUCCUUUGUACCAGAAUUCUACAGAUUCUUGUUUUUCUGUUGGUGUGUGCAUAUUGCAUAUGUCAGCAUCUGGUGUCCUGUGGACAUUGUUGUUUUUUUGUUUUGUUUUUUUUUGAAUUUGGAUUUUACUGAUCUCUGUGGGUUUUAUAUUAACAUGCGGGGUGGGUCGCUGGGGUCAAAGCUGUUCAUUGGGAGAUCCAUUCAUCCACUUCUUGGCACGCAUCAAAAAAUUAAGAUGAAGUGGUUUUGUCAACUCUAUUUUUAUCCAAUAGGUUUGUUCCAUUUUUGCCAUUUUUUUUUUUUUUUUUUAAACGAAAGUAUAAAGCAGUUAAUCAAAGGGUGAACUCUCCUUUGCUUUUGCAACUCUUAUCCUCAGAAAUGGUUUUCAGGUGUUCACAAUUCAUCAGGUUAAUACAGAGCUCUAAAGAAUUUCAAACCUCUAGGCUGAAAGAUAAUCUUCGUAGUUAAAGCGCCGUCUCGAUCUCAUGUUCUUAACCUAGCGUCGACGCUCAUGCGUGGUCAAAUUCAGGUUUCCGUCACUGAGCUCGUCCUGGAUCUGCAUCUCGAGCUCGCGUAUGGAUGGCUGAGACGAAGCGCCAGUAGUGAGGCUACGUGGAGCAGGACUGGCGUGCUUUCUGGCGCCGGAGCAGCUUCUGGGAUCUGUGGGGAGAGAGAGAGAGACACAGAGAGAGAGAGAGACACUGGAAACAGGCCCAUAACCGCCCGCAUCCAUCCGACGCUUUUUUAACAAGCAUAAUUGUAUUUCCUCAAUUAAUGGCUUGUUAAUAACCAAUGCUGAAUGAUAAUCAGACUAAGUCGUUCUAAUUGUGUCCUGUUUCCCCUGCUCGGUCGUUAAACAUCAGGACAUCGUCUGGAGUAUCGCUUCCUCUGCAGACACGAGGUCUUUGAUUGCACCUUUUGAAACAUGGCUCAGCGUUCGCUCGUGGCUAAUUAAUGAUGCUGGAGGUCAUAUCACAGUUUCGGCUCAACAUUCAGUCUGUUACACGUGCGGCUGUCGUCUCCAGCGCUAACCAGAGUACACGCUACAGUCCCUGCUUUGGUUUGCUGUUGUCAGGCAGUCCAGCAUUAACACACACACACACACACACACACUCUCUGGAGACGGGCUUCGUUCAGGCCUAUGCACCGAUAGACGGCGCUUUUGUUUGUAGUGUUCAGAGUUGGCGUUUUGAGGCAGGUCUGUGCUUGUUGUUUAAAAGCAGACUUGAUGUGUAACAUGGUAUCUGCAUAUAAUAUAUAUAUAUAUACAUAUAUAUUAAAAAUAUAUAUCUGUGCUAUCACAGGGGAUUCUUUUGUAUGCCACUCUUACGCUUAGGGUGGAUUUUAAAGGGGCUCUGUGUAGUUUUGGAGAAGAAAUACAAUCUCAGAAUUUUUAUAUUUACAAUAUUAAUGAGGUAAUAAUACAAACUAUUUAUUUUUCCCAUCACUGAAUAAACAAGCUGUCAUCAGAGGAAAAUAAGGUCCCGGAACACUGUUUGAAGCUAGAAAGGUGGCAGGGUCCGCCACUUAUAAGUAAAACAGUAUGAACGUGUGUUGUCCUUUAAGGUCAGUAUGUUUAUUCAGGUUCUUCAAUCAUGGAAAGAGUUUAAUUGAGUUUGUUUUGAUAUUUAAAAAAAAAAACAGUCAGUGAAGAUCUUUCUCUUCUGAUUAAAAUGUCUUCCCCAAAACUACAUAGUACUUUUUGAAGACACUUGAUAUCCAGUAUGUGAUGUUCUCGUGUGUCACCCAGCGGUCGUGACCACAAGAAAUGUUUUUUCUUUUCUUUUCUUUUUUUUUUUUUUAUAAAAUACCAUUAAACAGUCAUAGCGAAAUGAAAAGAAAAAGAGCAGCCCUUCGAAGGGUUUUUUUUCCCCGCACUUUAGACUGAAACUGGAGAAACAGGGAGGUGUGUUGGUUCGAGCCAUCACGGACACAUCUGAUGUCAAAAAAAAAAAAAAAAUGCUCUUAAAGACGAAUCGGAAUCGAUGCAGGAAAUGUGCGGUGCUCAGCAGGUUAACAAGGGUGUCAACAACAGUGUCCCCCAUCGGGACGCGUCAAAUGACGAGUCAAGCUGACUUCAUGGCAUUCCAGGUCUCAUCUCGCUAACGGUUUCACAUACACACACACAUACAAACAAACAAAUACGUCGUCGGACAUUUCAGAAGUUUCAAUCCCAAUGUUCCUUAUUUUGAAAAAAAAAAAAAAAAAAAAAAAGCAAUUUUGUACUGAAGCUAAAGACUAUUUUGAAGUUUGCUUUAAUACAGUCAGCCGUGAUCGGACUGUACCACAAAGACACUAUUUCAAAAGAUGUCUAUGACAGUGGAAUGGUAUUUUAUAACGUUUUGUUUUUAGACGAUAAGCUUUUUACACUGCAUUCAAGUGUGUUUGCUAUUUUUUUUUUUGUUCCUACCGAAAGUACUAAUGUCAAUUCUAUCUUUGCUAUGUCGGAGAGCCCUUGAAGGUUUUGUACUUCUCAAAACUUUUGUAAUCCUGAUUUAUUUGUAGUUACGUACAUGAAAUGAACAAAAAAAAAGAAGAAAAAAAACCAUCAAAUCUGGGUUUAAUUGUUGAUGUAUUAUAACACAGAACAUGUAAAUACCGAUUUGCAGAUUUUUUUGUUUUGUUUUGUUUCGUUGUGUUGUCUUUGCCCUCACCUACGUUGUACUCUCUUUCUCUCUCACUCACAUGGUUGCAGUCCGCAGCCUCCUGAUCUGACUGUUGUAAUAUCACUCAGAUUUCAAGGUCUAGAAUAAAAUCUAUUUUGAUAAUA